AUGAGGAGCCCGCGCUGCGCCCCGCUGCUGCUCCUGCUGCUGCUGCCGCCGCUGCUGCUCGCGCCCCGCGCCGGGGACGCCGCCGUGAUCACCGGGGCCUGCGACAAGGACCCCCAGUGCGGCGGAGGCAUGUGCUGUGCUGUUAGUAUCUGGGUUAAGAGCAUAAGGAUUUGCACACCUAUGGGCAAACUGGGAGACAGCUGCCAUCCACUGACUCGUAAAAACCAUUUUGGAAAGGGAAGGCAGGAAAGAAGAAAGAGGAAGAGAAGAAAAAGGAAAAAGGAGGAGGUUCCAUUUUUUGGGCGGAGAAUGCAUCACACUUGUCCAUGUCUGCCAGGCUUGGCCUGUUUACGGACUUCAUUUAACCGAUUUAUUUGUUUAGCCCGAAAGUAA